CACAUUAUUUCAUUGACAAUGACGAAUGGAAAUGUAUCAACUUAAUUGCGUAUUCUGUUUGUAUCUUUUAAAGCUCACAUAAGGUAGUGACUAUAUGGUACGUGACUUUUAUUUGUAACUACCACUUACAACACUUAACGCCUUCAUAAAUAUUUUUUCAAUGUUUUUUUUUUCAUGUAUAUAUCUACUGAGAUUGUUUUAGCUUUUACAGUAUAUCACAAUGGUAUUUUGACGGAAGUUUUAUUAUCUGCGACAAUUUUUUUUUUUGAGGCAGGAACAGUUUUAUCUUCCACGAAAGUCAAAUAAAUUGGAUGUUGUAUAUUGAGAUUGUUUAUAUAGACGGAACUCAAAAGAGAAGAAGUAAAACAUUUGCUACAAGACACGCGUUAACGUGUAAAUUAAACAAAGGAAUACCUUGUAAUGAUUCUCAAGAUAUGUUUAUAUUUUUGCUGAUUAUAUCAAGCUGAAGGGAAGAAAAAAUUGCUCGCAACUCUAUUCCUGUGUAUUAAAGUGGAAAAUAAGAACGUAAAAGUAUGGAAAUAGACAGAUGUAAACUUUAUUUUUGUCUUUUAAGAAUAACGAUAGCUUUCAUUGUAUUUUCAAACUAUUUAGCGAAAUCAGUUAGCACAACUUCAACACCGCCGAAUCAUUUAUCAACACAGCAGUCAGUAGUUAGUGUCACCUCAGACUACCAGGAAUACUACGAGGAACAAAAUGAUCCCUCUGAACUUUUUAACACGGGUACUAGUCACUGCAGGGACAAAUCGUUUUGUUCAGAUUGGAUGUAUCAAACAUUUCCAAACAAAAAUUGUCACUGCGACGAGUUAUGUGGAAUUCUAGAUGACUGUUGUGGAAAUUUUUAUCCAUCCACCGGAAAUAAGCUGAAAAAGGACCAGUUUUCGUGUGUUCGGUUGAAUGAGAUAAUAAAGAAUGAAAACUAUGGUGUUCAUAUGGUAACAAAAUGUUCAGAAGAAUGGGAUCACAACGCUACAAAGUAUUUAUGUGAAGGAGAUACACAUUCAGACAAUAUUUUGCAUAAACUUCCGGUCUCACGUAACUCUGUUAUGUACAAGAAUAUGUAUUGUGCGCAGUGUAAUUUCAUUUAUGCAUUUGAGUAUUGGAAACCAGAAAUAAAGUGUUUAAACGAAACAGGUGUACGAAGUUUACCGGAAAUGACUGAUUGUGAUUGGUUCUACAUCCGACCAAAACCGGAAAUAGGAUACAGAACAUGUCAAUUGAAACCGCGUGUAAUAGAAACUUGUUUGGGGAGUAAUAGUGAACAGUACAAAAUAGAAAAUGACAAUUGCACAGGAGGGGUUUAUAGCGUCGUGUAUGAUUCAUCUGGGCAUGCGUACCGUAAUAAUUACUGCGCAGCAUGUAAUGAUAUUAAAACAGAGUUGUACUGCGAAUUAAUCUUACCUUCCGCAACAUUUAGUACACCAAAACCAGUACCGAAGAAAGUGUACAGUUUCCGACUUCUUGUGGACUUCAAUGACGGUACUGUGUCAGAAAAUGGUGUAAUUUCAGACAUACACAUUUGUAACGACAAUGAAAUAUAUGAUAGUUUCUCCCAAAAAUGCCGUGAAAUUUUUUGUGCUCCACCCAGUUUGGCCGUUCAAGGGUUAUGUAUUCUGAACAAUUCAAAGGAUAUCAACGACACGAACACAUCAACAGAAAAUUGUACUUUGGUAAAACUGGAUAAAUCUGAAUACAUGAUAACAAACAAUUCCCAGCUGUAUUUAAUUUCAGACAACAAAACAUACUCUAGGGAAGAAUUUCAGGUGAUUGGAUCCGACGCAUUUAUUUGUUUACAAACAAUACGGAAUUGUUCUCAUGAGUGCGAUGAACCAGAAUCCCUAUUCCAGUUUAACAUGAUUGAGAGUUAUAUGUCGUUGGUUGGACUUAUCAUUUCCAUAUGUUCCCUUGCAAUAACUUUGCUUGUUUACAUUACGUUUUCACAGUUGUUGAACAUUCCCGGGAAAAUUCUUGUAUGUUUGAUUAUAUCUUUGCUCUUUGCCCAGCUACUGUUUCUUAUAUCAGCCGAGUCUGAAAAUAUAUCUCAGCUUUGCAUAUCCGUUGCUGUUCUUACUCAUUAUUUCUUUCUUGCGGCAUUUUGUUGGAUGAAUGUUAUUGCGCUCGAUCUUUGGAUUACUUUUUCCAAUAAGUUCAUGUCAGGUGGGUCAAGACGGAAUAAAAAGAGAUUUCUCAAGUACAACCUUUAUGCAUGGAUGACGCCGUUUGUCAUAGUAUGUUCUGCUGUGGCUCUUAACUUCUCUCCCUUUGAUAAUGAAUAUGCAACGUUAAAACCUCGAUAUGGGAAGGAUGUGUGUUGGAUUUCUUCUAAGAAUGGUCUUUUUUUAUUCUUUGCCGGUCCGUUGGCUUUGUUUAAGUUAUUUGACGUAGUUUCUUUCGUUUUUACUGCAAUUCAUAUCGCUCGGGCGAAGCAGCAAGGAGCUAUGGCAACGCAGAAAAGUAGUUCAUGUUCCUUCCUCAUCAAUCUUAAAUUAUCCCUCAUCAUGGGACUCACGUGGGUAUUUGCAUUCGUGGCGAACAUUACGAAUGAAACCAGCAUGUGGUAUCUGUUUAUUAUUUUCAAUUCUCUUCAAGGAUUAUUUAUAGCAGUGUGUUUUCUUUGUACAAGAAAAGUAGGGCGCAUGUUGUAUGACAAGUAUGAGCAACUAUCAUCAAAGUCAACUUCUGGAACACAGUUAUCAUCGUUACCAUAGACAAAACUAUUGUAAGAAUUAUGAAAACAAUUGAAAACUAGAAAAUUUCUAUAUAGUCUAUAUAGUAAAUGUGCCAUAAGUAUAAAUGUUUUUUUUUUUUGUUUGUAGAUAGUUUUGUGUUUGAAGAAGGGAGGGCCAUAUUUUGCUACUGCUAGAUUGCUUUCUUUAUUUCCAAAGGAUCUUCUCAUAGAUUCUGUUAUUGUUUGGUAUGGUUCAUACAGAACAGCUUAAAAUAUUUUUACCUUGUUGUUACAUUGUUAUAGUACUAAAGUUAAGAAUCUGACUUUGGGUACCAGAUUUAUAAAGCAAUCAUGCCAAUGGUCAAGUUCAAAAUUGUGCUCAAAAACAACCAAUCAGAUACCAAGGCUUUGAACAUGUCCUAUUACGUGGGAAACCAAAAUAUUUAUUAGAAAUGGCAAGCGUACAUGUGACUUUAAAAUGAAAUGGAUUUUCAUAAGCUUUAUACUAUUAGUAGUCUAAAAUAGUCAUUUACGUUUUGUUCUGUGAUACCCUGAUCGACUUUACAAUGGUUUUGUUAGAAAAACUGGUAUUUUUCUGAUAAAAUAGUGUUUCAAUAUUUUUCUUGGUGAUAUCUCAUUUACCUUGUGAAUAGAAACAUUUAUUAUCACAUGCAACUAUUUUUUUUGUUAUCACAUGUCAUACAUGUUGACAUCAUACUUACAGAAAAGUACAGACAUUUAUUACAGAAUUAUACAUUAGUCCAUUGUCAGAGGAAUCUGUACACGAUAUAUAAGUACUGAUAAUAAUAUAUGUAGAAAUAAUUACUUAUGCCAUUGUUAUCAUUUUCUGUCAUUGUUAUUUUUAUAUUACAGCUAUCUUGUUGUGUUAUAAAUAAAUUCAGUCCUGAAUAGAAUUUAUAUAUAAGUUAUGAGUUUUUUUAAGAAGUUUUAAAACGUCAUAUGAGCCGUGCCAUGAGAAACCCAACAUAGUGGCUUUGCGACCAGCAUGGAUCCAGACCAGCCUGCGCAUCCGCGCAGUCUGGUCAGGAUCCAUGCUGUUCGCUUUCAAAGCCUAUUGAAAUUAGAGAAACUGUUAGCGAACAGCAUGGAUCCUGACCAGACUGCGCGGAUGCGCAGGCUGGUCUGGAUCCAUGCUUGUCGCAAAGCCACUAUGUUGGUUUUCUCAUGGCGCGGCUCAUAUAUACACUGUUUUGUUUUGUGCAAAAUUGUAGUCCAACGAAAUUUAUAAUGAACUAUUUUUUUUGCAUGGAUUAUCUUUGGUGUAACUAACUCUCAUUUUCUAUAACUGCAUUUUGGAUUGUGUCGCAUAAAGUACAGUUCCAACGGAAUACAACGUCUAUGGUGAAAAAUUCUAAAUUCUGUUCCAUAAAUAUUCAGAAAUAUUCUGUAAUGAUUUUCAUUAUAUAUGUUAUAUGUGUUAUAUGUUGCUAAAAUGAAAGUGUUCGAUAUGUUCAUCUAUUUGAAUAAACAACUUUAAAAUUAA